GAAACCAUUCUCUGGUCCUAAGUUGAAAGAGAUGAUCGGUAGCGGUAUUUUUUCAACUGCUGGCGAAGAUGACAUAUCAGAUUCUGGCACCUUGAAAAAUCUCAAUUAUAGAACAAGAGUAAAAGUUUAUCAGCAAGCAAUAAGCAGUAUCAGCCAAAUUUCGUUUAGUGCUGACGAGAUUGUUUCCCCAAGGAAACCCACCUCACUACCAGAGGUGGCAAAGCAACGGGAAUUAAGUGGGAAUCUUGAGAGUGCUGUAGAGGAUAAAAUGAAAAAACAACAAUCUGAUGCAAAGAACAAAGAGCUUAGUGGCCAUGAUAUUUUUGGCCCUCCUCCUGAAAUUCCUGUCAGGCCUUUAGCUGCUCGUAAUUUGGAAUUGAAAGGACAGCUAGAUUUCGGAGACCCUGCACCUGAAAUCAUGCUCACAUCAGUUGAAGUAUCCAAUCCUGCUGGUGGCCAAAGCAACAUAAUGUUCAGCGAGCAACCUGUACUGAAGACAUCUAAGAAAAUCAGCAACCAGAAGUUCCAGGACCUAACUGGUAAUGACAUCUUUAAGAGCGAAGCUGCUUCGGAGUCAGCUGAGAAGCCAUUGAGCUCUGCAAAACUGAAGGAGAUGAGCGGCAGCGAUAUAUUUGCUGAUGGGAAGGUAGCCUCUCGUGAGUAUUUUGGUGGUGUACGCAAACCUCCUGGUGGCGAGAGCAGCAUUGCUUUGGUUUGACGUCUAAUUUCAGGCCAGAGUUUGGCUCUCUAAUCUUAUUAGAUGUGUUUGGCUUUGGUGACUGAUCUCGAGUCCAAGUAAUGGUGAUGAUAUGGGUGGGGUGUUCAGCAACAUCUUGUUUCAAGUUAAUGGAUGUUUUGGAUUUGUGUUUAGGGUUAAUUAUCUGAUGUAAUGAUGAUGAUCGUGCAAAUACUCUAUUUAUUUUCUGGUUUGGUGUCGUUUUAUGUCUUGGAUGGAUGUUGUUGCUGGGUAUUUGGUACGAAUUCUGCUUGAUUUCUAAGUUGGGAGAUUGUGAAUAGGGUUUUGUUAUUGUGGU